CAUGUAAUCUUGAAAACUGAAGAUUCUUCACAAUCAGAAUUAUGUAAUAUAGAGAAACUUAAAUCUGAUUUACAUAAUGAAUUAUCGUUACUUGCACAUAUAUCUACGUUAGAUCAAACUUCAGAAGAACAGGAUCUAUCUUCAGAUAUCAUACAAAAUAUAGUUUGCAUGUUCAGGAAAGCUAAUAAGCUUAGUCAAGAAGCAAUUUUGUAUUGGUAUUACUUUAUAGAAAAAUAUGAUAAAAGAAUUAAUAAUAUUGUUGCUGAUGGAGUUAAGAAAAAAGCUGCAAUAUUUAUAGUAUAUCAAGAAAUCAAAUAG